GGAAGCUUACACGUUCAUCAUGAUGCUUCUUAUUGUUGUGAUAUUUGGUGUUCUUCAACCGAUAUGCAGUUUACUUAUUGAUACGAAUAAACCAGUAAACCGUUCUGGAGGACACGAUCGCAUUUGGUUUUUGGAAAAACAAUUGGAGUCGCUGCAGGACCACAUGAUAGAACAAAGCCAAACGAUAGAAAUACAGUAUCAGAGAAUUAACCAACUUCAAAACAUUUCGGAUCAACUAUCAUCAACCCAAUCUCUAAGGCACGAAUUAUCUAUUCUCCAAAUCGAUGUUCAGCGUAUAACGGAUGAAUGUAACAGAUAUUCCAACAUCUCCGAUGACACCGAUCUUGCCUUGAAAAUUAACAGCAUGGCAACCUCCGUUCGAGUCCUUACUGCAUCCCUAUCCAGUCAAGAGCAAAUUGUCAAGGAACUGAAACAAGAAGUAAGUGUUCUAAAUGAAACAAUUUCCCUUAAGUAUCAAGAAACUGCAAAUCAAAUACAAUCCUUAACGCAUACAUUGUCAGCUGUUAACCAGUCUCUGUCGACAUUCUUAACGCUGGAGCAUCACAACGAAAAUCAACUGUCCACGUUCUCUAGUGAUCUGAAUACAACACAGAGCAGAUUAAGUUCAUUACAAGGAACAGUGUCUCAAAACCAACGACAAGUUUCCUCACUGUCUAGUCAAUAUUCAACCAUGUCCUCUAAGCUGUCCACACUUUCCAGCGACUUGCAUAGCGUUCAAAGUAGUCUAAGUUCACUGCACACAACGGUUUCUCGGAAUCGGCGUAACUCAUCAAGUCACAUAUCCUCCCUGACAAAUCAGUACUCUACUUUGUCUACGACCUUACAAGAUACCAAGGAUCGGGUGUCUACACUGGAACACAAUAUGGAAUGGAUUGUUUCAACAGGCAAAGACACAAGGAUUACUGGAGGAAACUACAGUGGUAUGGGGCGUUUGGAAGUUGAAUAUCGGGGUAAAUGGGGCACAGUUUGUGAUGACCAAUUCACCAGUGACAGCGCAAAGGUUGCAUGCAGACAAGUUGGUUACGCAUGA